AUCCAUCAGGUAAACGGCAGGCUGGUGGUUUUCUCUCGCCAGGCGUGUUUUCCCCGGCAGCCGUGUUUUAGUAUGACCGAUGGGUGCGAACCAUCCCGGAUUCAUAUUUUACCAAGACUCCGGGUUUUAGUCUGACUUCCUGGUACCUAGUUUUACACCAAUCAAACAGAAAUGUAAACAAUUCACGAUUUGUGAUUUGAUUAGGAUAUUUAACAAGGCGUGGACAUUAGGCUAGUGGUGUCUUUUUAUCCCAAAUACUUCCAUCAAAAUGUCAGAGCCUGAGGAGCAGCAGAAAGAUAUUCCACCAGCCAAAUCCAAGAGGAUUAAAGUGCUGACCAUGGAGGAAGACGGUACUGAUAAGGGGAGUGUCAACAGCGAAGAUCAUCUCCUGCAGAAGGCCAAUGUCAGCAAAGAUCAUCUCCUGCAGGAGGCUGGUACUGAGAACAGAGAGGAGACCAAAGAAACAGAAGAAAAUAACAGGGAGGUCAUGGAGGACAGCAGUGUCAAACUCGACAAAGAAAUUAACAAUGAACAAAAUUUGGAUGACAAAAACAGUGGUAGCAGCAAUAACAAUGAAAGGAAACCAGAGAAUUUAGAUGAGGAUAUCACAGUCAUAGAUAAAGAGGAAAGUGCUCCAAUGGAGGAUCCUUUGAAUGCGAAUCAGAGCAACACAAAUCAAAAUGCCAAAGCUCAAAAUGGUAAACUGCUAGAAAUGAAAAACAAGGUGUUGUCUGCGUUUGCUUUGAAAAAUGACAAAUCGAAACAAGGUGAGGUUGGAGACCAUUGCACAGACAAAGACCUUGAAGUUCGAUUUAACCUAGAUAAGAAAGAACACAAUAAAAAUAACUCCAAAGAACUCCAAAAGAGAAUUAGAGAUGUAGAGGAAGGGAUAUUUUCCGUUACAAAGGAGGACUUGGAGAGGAAGAAGAAGAAGAAAGAAGAAGAGGAUGAGGUGGAUUCCAUGUCCGUCUGGUCCUACUUCAUGCCCAAAAAGAAUUUUCAGUACCAUUUUCAACAUCCCUACUUUAGGCUCUUCAUAGCCUACUUUGUGACUUUCUGUAAUUUUCUGAUCUAUGCUGAGGACCCUGUUGCACACUCUAUGAAGGAAUGCACCAUUCCAUUGGUUGGGAACGACUUUGCAUUCGUAGCAACAAGGUAUGCCCCAAAUGCAUGGAGUGUCCUGAAAGUAUUCCUUUGGCUCUCCGCCAUUUUGCUUGGAAUUGUGCUUGGAAAAAUCGUGGUGCAUGGAUUAUUUUUCAACCGUUUGUGUAAACUGAGGAUGUUUGAGGACGACAUGGGGUCCUUUAUGGUGAUGUUCCUGGCAUCGUUAAUUGUCCUGUUUGUCUUUUCCUGGAUCUACAACGCUUUUUUGCUGAUUGGUGGCAGUGACACAGAAGACUACCGAAUCUCGGACCUCAUGGGCAUCUCCAACUCCCUGUUCAUGAAAAUGGCCGCCACCGGCACAUGGUGUGGGGAUUUCUUCACAGCCUGGAUGGUGACAGACAUGAUGCUACAAGAGAAGCUGUACCCUAAGUGGGUGGUGAGGGUCAGGCAAUGGUGGAACACGGGCUAUCGCCGCAUCAUUCUGUUCUGGACGGUCACCACAGUUGCCACGCUGAUUGUGGUGUUGGUGAUUGCCACAGAUUACAUUCAGUGGGACAAGCUAAACAGGGACUUUCUUCACAGCAAUGAGGCCUCCAGAGCAAUCUUGGCUUCACUUAUUCUUGUAAUGGAUAUCCUCAUUGUUUUACAAGACUGGGAUUUCCCACAUUUUGUCAGUGCAAUUGAUAUCAAACUUCCUGGUAUCAAUACAGCCCACAUCAAAUUCGACAUCCCAAAGUGUCUUAAAAGAGAGGUGUGGCAGGUCCAUAUUACCGGAAAAUGGUUCAACUAUGGAAUCCUGUUUCUAGUCAUGAUUUUGGAUCUGAACAUGUGGAAAAACCAGAUAUUUUAUUCUCCAUUUGAUUACGGCCAAUAUACAGACUCGGACGGUAAAAUUCACAGUGUUACAGACGAGUACAGUUUGAAGACUUUCAACGAGUCACAGCUUUCAUACAGCUACCGGUCAGUGACGAUAAAUCCGCUGACCAACGCCACAUAUCUUGCCGGGGACACAGUGAUGAAUGCCCGUUACAAUGGCUACCACCUAGUCAUAAAACUGACGGCAUUCAUUCCAUGUUUUGCGGCAUUUAUAACAUUUGGAGUUCUUCUGUGGAAAUUUGGCCGACGUGUACCUCACGAAAAAGAUGUGUAUGCAGGCCGACUGAAAAAGAGGGCAAGAGACCCAAGUAAGAUAUGCCAUCAGUAAAUAUAUAAAACAAUGAAGGGCUACAGAAACUGAUUGAUAUUCACGAACAAUUGGUAUAUGGUCAUAAUAUACAUCUUGGAACCACCUUUGUAACAAUCAAGCAGCUAAUGUGAUAUUUUACUGAAUCUAGAAUUCCAUUUGUUAACCAAGGAGAAAUGUUUUAAAGACAUGCAUAUAUAUGCAAUUUACAUGCAUAUACAUACACAUGUAUUGUGUCUGAAAAUAACACUGUAAUGUCUUAAUUACUACAGGUAUAGUGAUUGCAUGCAAAAAUUAAUCUCAUGAAUUCUAGAGAAUGAAAAAAAAAAUUGACAGCCCUCCCCUCCCCCUGUCUAAACCCAAAUGCUAAAGAUGUCCAAAACAUAAAACACCAAAAAGGAUUAUAUAUAUAUGUCAUCAUGUAUUUUUUAUAGUAAUUUUUUAACGCAUUGAUUGUUUACCAAUAACUUGAAGUAUUUUCCUUUUUAUACUUUAGUUUUUUUUUUGUUUUUUCAUUACACCCCCACUCUGAACUAUUUGUUUAGGCAUGGGAUAUAUUUUUGUACCAAUCGAACUUCAACUCCCUGUUAAAUGACAACUUUGUUUAUUUCAAGCAAAGUUCUCAGCAACUGUUUAUCGCAGAUGCUUUUUGUAACUAUUUGUUAAGGCAUGCCAUAUGGUGGGUUAUAUUUUUGUAAUAAUCGGACGUCAACUUCCUGUUAAUUAAAUGACGACUUUGUUUUUUUUUUCAGCCAAACAUUUUCGAACAAAUUUUCGUCAGAGAUUUCUCAGUAACUAUAAAUUGCAGAUGCUUGAAAUUUUGACAUACUAUUUGUUAAGGCAUGCCAUAUGUAGGGAAAUAUUUUUGUACCAAUCGGAUGCCAAUUUCCAGUUAAAUGUAGACUUUGCUUAUUUGAAUAUUGAUAUCAGAGUGGGGGUGUCACUAGUGAGCAUUGGCUCACAGAUAUCUUGUUUUAUGUUGUUGUUGAUUUUUAUAGUUACACAUAAUUGCUUUCAGAUAUUUAAUGUUUUUAUGCACUUUUUACAGUUACUGAAAUGGUUUGAUGGUAUUAUACCAUGUUUUAUUCAAAUCAUUGUAGAUCAAUGCCUAAAUGAUCAACCUAAAUUAAAAAUCUUAUGAAUGAUAAUAUAAACAGACAUAUAAAUUGAUCUUCUAUUAAUCUUCUUGCAGUUAAAAUAAAUUCGAACCCUAGAUCGGUUUUUCUGAAAAACAUUGCCAGUCCAAUAGAUUGUAGACUAUAUUUACCUGCAGUUCAAUAGAUCAGUUUCAAUAGUUUAGAAAAACUAAA